GCUCAAUUCCGUUUCCGGUCAAUCGCUGGCAGUUUGGAGGGGUCUGUGUCCCGUUCACGAUAACACAUCUUUGAAGCAUGGCUGGGAGACGAGCUGCACUCAAAGCCAUUGACUGGGUGGCUUUUGCAGAGAGGGUGCCGCCCAGCCAGAGGACCAUGUUCAACAACCUGAAGACACGAAGCGAUGCCAUUUCUGCAAAACUCGCCUCCCUGCCUGAGAAACCUGUCCUCAUUGACUGGAGCUACUACAGGUCAGCUGUGGCUAAAGCAGGCAUGGUGGAUGAGUUUGAGAAGAAGUUCAGCGCCCUGAAGGUUCCUGAGCCUGUAGACACUCAGACAGCACUUAUCAACUCUCAGGAAGCAGAAGCGAACACAACAGCUGCUGCUUACAUUGAAGCAUCCAAAGCUCGUAUCAUCCAGUAUGAGAAAGAGCUGGACAAUUUCAGGAACAUGAUUCCCUUUGAACAAAUGACCAUUGAAGACUUGAACCAGACUUUCCCGGAAACAAAACUGGACAAAGUGAAACAUCCUUACUGGCCACACAAACCCAUUGCCGAACUGUAAAUGCACCACCCUGAUUAAAUUCUAUAACAUGUAUCUCCCACUGAGGAAAACCUGUACACUAUGUGUAUAAAGGCACUGUUUGUUCAUUCAGUUUAUAAAAUGACGGUUUGUUUUUUUUCCCCAUUGUAAGAGAUGCAUGACUGAAGGAGGGAAAUGAAAAUGGAACUUGA